AUGGACAAAGUUCUAACCUCGUAUACGUACGACUUCGAUCCAAAAAUUGUUAUUCAACAAAAUGUGAAUCAGAAAGGAUUGGUGAUCAUGGAAGGAAAACUCAUGAAGCCUUUUACAAAUGAUCAUAUAAAAUUAACUAUCAAGUAUCAGGAUGCUCAAGGAAUUUGGAUGGCAGGAUGGUGUAAAACACUUUACUCCUACAAUCAAUACAAUGAAAAUGUUAGAGCUGCAUUCGAGUUAACUGCAUCUGCACUGAAUUCUUACAAUGUAAAGAUCGAAUUAAGUUCUGAUACGUAUCUUUCCAACUUUAAAAGUGUUGUUUGGAAUAAAAUGAUCAGUCAUUACAAAUUAGGUGACUAUACAACUACCAAUUGUGAUCUGGACGAAAAUGAAUAUACUAUCCUUUUAACGCCGAAAAAAGAUGGUACUUUGAACACAGAUGUUAAUGGAAAAGUGAUAGGCGUAAAAGACAGAGUGACAACUGACCAUUCUUGGAACAAACUAAACAAUGGAUUCUCAAUAGAUAAUAAAAAGAAUGAUGUAGUCUUCUCACUGACAAAUCCAGCCACACUACUAACUGACGCCAAUGGUGUCAAAUCCAUAAAAAUGGUUAAUCAGGAAGGUGGUACUGGUAUUUUGGGUUCUACCCCUGAAUUUAUUUACAAUGUAGGUCCAGGACAUCCAAUUCCGUAUUUAUACAGUUAUGCAGAUCCUGUGUAUAUGUUUGCGGGCAAAUUUUCAGUCAAUGGAUUUUUCAUAAAAUUCAGUCAAUGGCCAGGUGAACCAAAUGGUCCUGGAUAUCAUAAUUUCAAAAAUCCUAACAAACUUCAGAGCAGAUAUUUCAAUUUAUACAAUAGCAUAAGUGAAAAAUUAUCUGAUUUUAUCAAUGAUCAAGAGCCAGUAGUAUUUGUAUCAAGUAUGGUCACAGGUUUUCGAGUUUAUAAAAGCAACGGAACUUAUAUAAAUCUUACCGGUUACAGUAAUUACGGUCCAUUGUAUUUUGGAUAUACAAAUACUCGAGGCACUCGUAGGGGACCGGGGUCUGAAAGCUUUAUCGUUUCCAGUACUUCUGAAAUGACAUUAUAUGGAAUGGGUGCAUUACGAAAUAAUUUUGCGGGGUUACCUUGGAAAUAUUCAUCGGCUCGAUCAAUGCAAGAUAUUGAAAAAGAAAUUUCUGGAUUCAUCAGGUACACUGGUGUCUUUGGAGAUACCAGUGUCUAUGAUGACACUUCUGAAUGUGCAGCCGGUUGUUUUGCAGCAAAUCCUGAAGCUGUUUCAGAUUAUGCAGUUAUUGACUGGUCAAAAGCACCAAACAGUUACAUUUUCACAGGAAAAGAUAAAAACGGAAAUGGUGUUGAUGGUUCUUACACGCCUGUAAAAAAAAGCUUUCAGCGCAAUCCCUUACGGGAUUAA